GCCGAGCGGAGAGAUCGCCCCGCCCCUUUCACCUCCUCCUCCUGCUCCUCCUCCCCCGCCCUUGGUCUCGCGCCCUUUCAGUUGCCGGCUGCGCCGCUCGCGUGACGACGACGACGACGUCGCCGCUGUUGCUGCUGCUGCUCCGUCUCGCGCCGCCGCGGCCCCGUCUUCGCCUCCUUUCUCCCUUCUUCUCUGCCUCUGCCGCCAUGGCGAACUACAUCCACGUGCCGCCGGGCUCCCCGGAGGUGCCGAAGCUGGACCUCGCCGUGAAGGAGUCGGAGCCUUCCGGAGGAGGAGAAGGAGGCGGUGGUGGUGGGGGUUACCGCUACGGAGCCCUCCAGCUGCUGAGGCGCCUGAGGCCUGACUGGAAGCCUGAGGAGGUGACGCUGAAGGUAUUUACGGAUGGCAUCACCAAUAAACUUAUUGGCUGUUACAAGGGUGAAGAAAUGGAUGAUGUUGUCCUUGUUAGGAUUUAUGGAAAUAAAACAGAGCUGUUAGUUGAUCGAGAUGAAGAAUUGAAAAGCUUCCGUGUUUUACAGGCCCAUGGCUGUGCACCAAAGCUUUACUGUACUUUCAAUAAUGGCCUGUGCUAUGAAUUUAUGCAAGGUGAAGCUCUGGAUCCAGAACAUGUUUGCAACCCAGAGAUAUUUCGGCUAAUAGCCAGACAGCUUGCAAAAAUUCAUGCUAUACAUGCUCACAAUGGAUGGAUACCCAAGUCUAACAUGUGGCUGAAGAUGGGAAAAUAUUUCUCUCUUAUACCAACAGAAUUUGUAGAUAAGGAUUUGCACAAAAGGUUUCUAAAAGAUAUCCCAAAUCGUCAAAUCCUUCAGGAAGAAAUGGCUUGGAUGAAAGAGAGACUGUCAAAUCUGGGCUCUCCAGUGGUACUUUGUCACAAUGAUCUGUUGUGCAAAAAUAUAAUCUACAAUGGAAAACAAGGUGAUGUUCAGUUCAUUGACUACGAAUACUGUGGAUAUAAUUACCUGGCUUAUGACAUUGGGAACCACUUCAAUGAAUUUGCAGGGGUGAGUGAGGUAGACUAUAGCCUCUAUCCCGACAGAAAACUUCAAGAGAAGUGGCUGAGGGCUUACCUGGAAGCCUAUAAGGAAUACAAAGGAUUUGGAACAGAUGUCAGUGAGAAAGAGGUUGAAGUGCUUUAUGUCCAAGUCAACCAGUUUGCCCUGGCUUCUCAUUUCUUCUGGGGAUUGUGGGCCCUAAUUCAAGCCAAAUACUCUACCAUUGACUUUGAUUUUCUAGGGUAUGCAAUUGUUCGCUUCAAUCAGUACUUCAAAAUGAAGAACGAAGUCAUGAUGCUAAAACUUCCUGAGUAACAACGGAGAACUUCCUUAUCCACACCUGGAUAAGAUUCCUUACAGUUUUUUCCCCCCUGAGUAUAGACCAUGGAAAAAAGCUAAACAUUUGUUAGUUUUGUAAUGUUCCUAUGGUGUUUUUUGCUUUUUAUUGCCUCUAAACAUCACUCUUUUAAUGUGAAACCUGAAACAAAGAUCUUACUGAUGUUGUAGAAGGAAUAGAAACAUUAGAUUUAUAAAAGAGAAAGAGAGCCAAUUUAAUCCUUUCUCUUGUAAUUUUUAACAUGAUACAUGAAUUAUUUAUUAGGAAUUUUAACAUUCCAUUGCUGCUUUUCCUCAGUUCUCUCAAGAGAGUGAGUGCAGACUGUAAUACUUUAAAGCUUUUACAUCAUAAGUAACAUUGGGAUAGUACAAAAUUGUCUAACUGCAAGCUGUACAGUGUACAAGGUGUAUCUGGACAGGAGCAGUUUGCACUGAAGUAGAAGUCACUGAUACUGUCAAUAGAGCUGGGAUGAAAUGAGACAAAUCGGUGUUCAAGCUGUUACUGCUCUAAACUCUGCCUAAUUGCCAAGGGCGGUGGUUGGAUUUCCUCCUUGUGUAACAUACAGAUGCAAAAAUUUCAUAAAUCUGCUCUCACACUAAGGAGAACUUACAACCAAUUACUCCCCUGUACAGAGUUCAGUAUUGUAGGAGAAAGUUUCUAACUUCAAAUGUAAGCUUUAAAAGACCACUUUCCCAGAGUGUCACACAACUUCAACACAUUGACAUAUAGUGCAAGGGUAGACAUUCUUGGUAGAAGCCAACAAGGACAAGCUGCUGAGCCAUUCUGUAGUGUCUGGGUGCAAAACUAACCAUUGCAUUUCAUACUCUAGUCAUUUUUUUUGUCUUCUAAUUUUUCCUUGACUUACAUUUUGGUCUUCGGUCUUUAGAUCUCUUAACUUGCUAGAGUUUCUGUUUCUUUGUGAUGAUGGCGAACUCACAACUAACCCAAGUCGUUCUUGGAAAGGAUGGCAUUUGAAGAGCGAAACAUUGAUCAGGAACACUUUUCCUCCCUCAAAGCUAUCCUACCAAGAGCGAUUUGAUUUUCAAAAAUGUGAAAUGAAACACAAAUGUUUACUUAGCUACUGAGUGUGUAUGCAUGCAUGAGUGUGCACACACAAGUGCACAUGUGCGUAUGUUUAAGAAUGGGGAAAGGCUUUAAGUAACUGCACCAAGUUGAGUAGUCACACAGAAAACUCUUAGUCUGAAAUUUCACUUUGGUCACUUAAGUGCCCAUAUGUACAAAGUUUGUGAUCAUAAAUGGUAUGUGUAAACCCAAAAAUACCUUAAGUAGAAAUAUUAUGGGGAGCCUGUUGCACAGACUCAACAAGGAUAUUUAUUCAGAAUUAUUUUAUAGAACUCUGUAAAAUAAACAUCUCAAAAAUAUAUAAGACUGACUUGUUUAGUGAUACAUGCACCAAUCAUAAGACUGGCUUGUUUAGUGAUACAUGCAGCAAUUAACAUGGAUGGAAAUUUCACCCCAGGAAUCAUUACAUAGCCUUCUGUUUAUUUACAAAAUCAAAACCAUGAUUUUAUAUAUAUAUUGAGGUUGUAUUAUUUCAAAAUCCACAAUGUUCAAACUCCUUGCAUAGGAGAAGUUCCAUUAGGCCUUGAAACUAGUCAGUAGAAAGUAGGCUGCAGUCUGAAAUCUAGUUAGUCUUACAAAUUUAAUACUAAUGGACUGUGGAUCUGUACCUUUAAGAAGCAUUGUUAGCACUUACCACUAUUCUUUCGCAAAUUGGUCAGUUUCUUGUACUGUUCAGUAUUGAGCCCAAGUACUUAAUGGUAAUAUGUAACUCAUCAGGUAAAGGAUGUUUCUAGAGCUAUAAAAAUCAAAACAAAUAUUUUCUCCAAAUAACUGAGUUUAUAGAUAUUGUAUUAUUUCCUGCAUUUUCAGCACAGUCUUCAAUGACAUAUUUUUUCACCUGGUGGUUAGAUGAAUUUAGGAAAUCAAAGUAUUCAAGACCUUGAUUUUUCAAACCUUAAAAUUGCAGAAAAUCAAGUCAUUCUUUAGUAAGUUACAGUUUGCAAAAAGAAAAUAUAUGUUUCAAAUAAAAUAUUGCAUAUUGAAAUACUGGAACUAAUUCUUACAAAUUGGCAAGUUUUAAGAAAUCCUUCUUAAUAGCUGUUUGUCUUAUGAAUCAAAUAAGCUUAUUUUUGGUAUUUCUAGGCAGGAGGUGAUAUUUCAAGCAGCCCUUUCCCGGUUUAUCCAAUUGAAUAUGUAAGAAAACAGUUCAAACGUUCGUUUUGCUGAAGGGAGAAAGAGACAGGCACUUGUUUUUGUCCUUAGGUUCUAGACUUUUAAAAAAACUUUUGGAGAGCCUUAUUGUUCUCAGACUGAGCUUAAAGACCAGUAAGACUUGAGAUUAUGACUUUUUCAUUAAAGGAAGUCUAAUUUAAUCUACUGGCUAGAUGUCAACCUCAUAUUGCUAUAUUUUUAACAUAUUCCAAAGCAGAAACAGUUGAAGUUACUUGAAGACAUCUAGAACACAAUUAUGAACAUAUGAGUUUGAAAACUAGUGGAUGUCGCUUAAUUUAGAGAAUGGAAGGUUACAUCUUGUUUCCUUAUAAAAUGGCUUCAUCCCUUCCAUCGACUGAGACUAUCUUGUCCCCAUUUUACAAUGAGUUCUUGAGAAGAUCUUCUCUUAGAAGAUAACACUGUUCCCAUGUCAUUCAUAUGUUUCAUCAGGUACUUGAACUUUUUUUUCUGGAGCUCUAGAAACAACCUUAUGUAAUUCCAGCUGUGACUUGCCAAGAAACUGUUCUGUUGCCUUUACUAUUAAACUAAAGAUUUUGAAUGCCAUCACCAGUGACACUGCAGCAGGAUACUGGAAGUAGAAACAGGGUCAUUAGCAAUGGCAUUCGGUUCUGCGCAACAUCAGCCUACAGACCAUGGUGGCCUAGUAGCUUUUGUAAAGCAGAAGCAUUUGAAGAUUUCACCCGGCAAUCAGACCAGUUGAACCAUCAUACCUGAUUGGUACAGACAUUACAUCUUUCUAGGAAUUGGAAUUGGCAUUGGCUUAUAAAUUGAGAGAGGGGUUAUUUUGAACUCUGGCCUGGGGUUCUCAAUGUGAAUUUUGUAGAACACUUAGCUUAUCUGAUUUAUGGUAACCGGGUCAGACUGUGUAUAUAAAAUAGUGUAAAUAACCAUUUGUAAAUUAGUGUGAAAUGUAUGGUACCUUGCAUUUAUGAAUUUAUGUAUUUCAUUGUACUCUCCUUUUGUAGAAAUGUUGAUGUAAAGAAAAAUCCAGUUCUUGACAUGUGCUGACCUUUCAUUGUUAAAUUGACCACACUCAAGGGUAAACUGUUGGGGAGCCAAAGGAUAUAGUACCUGGAACUAAACAUUAGCUUUCAUAAUGCAGCCUUUCCAUUGUGCCUGUAGUGUCUGCUUGACUUACACCAGAGGAAAUAUUCAGUCUGCAAGUGAGUUCAUGAAAAUGGCCACUAUUCCAGUAAGCAGCAGAUUGGACCGUUCAACAAAAAGCCCCUUUUCUUGUUUGAAGAUAAAUGAUAAGGUUUUACUCUGAGGCCAACUUAGAGGUGUGCCUAGAUAGUUGGAUUUUGCUGAAAAAUGUGCAUGUUACUCUCAUAACAAAAUUAACUUUUUGGGAGUAAAGAUUAUGAAAGCUUUUUAGGCAAAAGAAGUUGCUAAGUUAUGUUUCUGUGGCAUGUCCGUGCAGAAAAGAGACUAAAAAGUAAAUGGAAAGUUUUUUAAGAACUUCAGAUGGUCCCCCCCCCCCCCCUAUUUUAUCCCUGUUAACUGUUUAAGGAUGCAUUACAUAUCUGUUGUUAUCCCUGUUGUUGCACAUUGACUUUCUGGAGGGGAAAAUAUUGGCCAGUUUGUGGGGGCUGCUGGAGUUGCAUGCAUUCAGGGUUAUCUUUCUACCAUAGCAAAAAAAUAUAGACUCAGAUUUCUAAAUCAGUCCUCUUGCUUAAAUAAGGCCUUCGUCUCAUUUAGAAGCUGGUUGUUGUUAACCCUGUAGCAUUUUCAAAGAAACCAAUAUUAUAUUUCAGUGAACCCAGCUCUUAAUGCUCAUUUAGUCAUAUGGGAUUAUUUCCACUUCUCUUCAGCCCCAGAUUUGGCCUUCUUCUCCUGCCCUUCCACAUAGCUAUGUCCAUAGUUCAUCCAAAAAUAGUUCAGUGUCCAUUUAAUUUGGCUCCCUACUUUUUGAUACCACAUCCAAUAGACUUCUCGUUGUCAAAAUUAUGAACAAAUAAUAUCCUAGCUCAUAUGGAGCAAGGAUAUUAAAUUCUAGACCUUGAAUUAAGAAGAUUCUGAAAUGUGGUAAGGUAAAUAGUACAUUUUAAUGAAAAUAAUACAUACUAACAUAGUGAUUAAUUAAAAUGCUCUUUAGCUAAAUUCAAACUGGUUUUCACCAAAAAAUUCUGUUAGUGUGUUACCAUCCUUAUUUCCCCCAAAUUGCAACUUUUCAAUUAGUUCUGAUUGUUCAAUCUCAACAAAUCUUUACUUUUUCUUAUAGCACUAGAGUUUGCUGAGCUCUUAUACUUUUAAAAGGUGAAUAAAGAUUUGCCUAGAAUUAGAAGUUAAAAAAAGCAAAAUUCUGGGCACUUGUAGCAAAAUCUUUGACAACCUCUUGGACUCUGGAACCUAGAUUAUGAUGCCUGGAUGACAGGUUCCUUAAUCAAACAUUGCUCUCCAUCUGGAUAAGGCCAGUACUAAUUCACAGACUGGAUAUGAAAGUGACUAGCAAAUAUACUUGUACAAUAUUGAAACUAGAAUUACUGCAGAAAUUGUAAAGUCUUGAAUCCUGUUAGUCCCAACUAGAGUUGACUCAUUAAAUACAUGGAAUUUGUCUUUUACUCACCUUUUAACACCAUAGGGCUAUUCUGCUUGGGACUAAUAAAGCUCAGCUUAAUAGUGUUGGAGACCAAUCUUAGGCUGCAAGGUGAUAUACUCUUGAGGACAAGACAAAAUGCUGUCAAGAGCAACAUCUGUGGGAAAAAUAGGGUCUGUAAUAGACAUUUGUAAGGUACAUUAAAGGUACUACCUGGACUUCAUUAAUCUCUGGCGAGUAUAACCAAACUUCUCAGCACAUUCUGGAAUGUCCUUUGUAUACAGUUAUCCUUUUGCAAAGGUAGACCAUAAUUGUGUCAGGCUGCUUUAUAUUUGUUGCAAAUAGUCUCAGCACUGAAGAUCUUCUGGUACCUCAGGUAAUUAAACUUCGCAUUUAGCAGUUUACUGGUUUCAUCUUGAGGCCUGCUGUUAAUAUCCCUCUGAGAACGGUGCACAAGGAGAACGUCCUGGACCUUUUUGUCAUCUCAUUACACUUUGAAACCUAUGUCUGUUGAGUCCAAUCUUGUCCUGUGAAAGGUUUGCCUGUCUGAAGAAAGGGAAAGGUAACCUCAUCUGUGUGUUAUGAAUGGAAUUAAACUGUGCAUUCUGUUCAUUGGCUUGUAUUGGAGUGAAAUGUUUUUUCUUUUCUUUUUAAGCUAAGCAUUGUUGAAGCUAUGUAACAAGGCCUUUUACCAUUGAUUUCAAUGAAGGAAUGUAUCUUGAAAAGAGAUUUAUAUUAUGUAAAUAUUUCAAAAUUGGUUGUAACAAUAAAGCUGGUUUCUAACUGUA